AUGGCUGAAAGUGUGAACGAUUUUAUUGCUGGAUGGAUCAGUGGUGCAGCAGGAAUUAUUGUUGGGAGUCCUUUGGAUGUAUUGAAGGUAAAGAUGCAAAUGAAAAAGACUGCCCUUGGAGACAAUGCGCGCUUGCAAGCACCUGUUACGAGUUUACUGACUGCUCAACAAGACAUCUACGGCAGUAGUCACACUGCUGUAUCAAAGGCAACUACUGUAACAGUGACACCGAAAUUAGGAUCUUGGGCUACGUUUAGAAAUAUGAUUCAAACAGAGGGGCUGGGCUCUUUAUUCAAAGGUGUCUUAUCACCUAUUGUCGGAUUAGCUGGUUUGAAUGCCUUGCUCUUUGUGUCGUACGGAUCGAUUAUUCGACAUUUUGAAACUAGCUACGAGUCGAGUUUUUCAGGUCAACAGGCACAGAAGGGAUUCACGCCAAAUCUAACCCAAGUAUAUAUCGCUGGCUGUGGGGCAGGAACUAUUUGCUUCCUGCUGUCGACGCCUAUCGAUUUGAUCAAACUACAAGCGCAAAUGACCAAGGUACCUACGUCAACAUUCAGAGUAGUGAAAAGAAUUUACGGAAGGAGUGGACUAAGAGGUUUCUAUCAGGGCGGAUUCAUCACUAUUAUCCGGGAUGCACCAAGUUACGGACUUUAUUUUAUGGUUUACGAGGGAAUGAAGCGACUAUUGGAAGUAUCUGACAAUAACUGCAGCAACAAUGUUUCGUAUGACAGCAACCAAAAUACAACAAAUAGCUAUCAUAAUGCAUGUAAGCUCCUGGUCGCAGGGGGCAUGGCAGGUGUUGCAUCUUGGGCCGCUAUUUAUCCCAUUGAUGUUGUCAAAUCAAGGCUUCAAAUGCAAGAACAACAAAUACAGCAGCAGCAGCAGCAGCAGCAGCAGCUACUGUAUAAACCGCAGAUAAAGAAUCACUCCACAUCAACAAUAAGCAUAACAACAACAGCACCAGCAGUAAGAAUAGCCUCACAACAAAUAAUGGCGACAGCCGCAACUACUUUUGCUAACUGUAACUGUAAAGAGAGUACAAGUAUUCGAAUCGAUCGUCCUUAUGCAUCUAUUAAAGACUGUGUUAUACGGUCAUUCAUAGUUGAAGGUUUCGGUGUCUUCUUUAGAGGGCUUGGGCCAACGCUUCUUCGAGCAUUUCCAGUGAAUGCUGUUACUUUUUACGUUUAUGAGAUGACAAUGGAUUUAUUGAAAUGA